AUGACAAGGAAGGUAAAGGUGGAGAAUCUUCAGCAGAAGGAGAAUCUGGCACUGCGGACGAGGACCAUCAGGCAGAAGCUGGAGAAAGUUCAGCAGGAAGAGAAACUGGCGAGGCAGACGAGGACCGUCAGGCAGAAGCUGGAGAAAGUUCAGCUGGAGGAGAAACUGGCGAGGCGGACGAGGACCAUCAGGCAGAAGCUGGAGAAAGUUCAGCAGGAGGAGAAACUGGCGAGGCAGACGAGGACCGUCAGGCAGACGCUGGAGAAAGUUCAGCAGGAGGAGAAACUGGCGAGGCGGACGAGGACCGUCAGGCAGAAGCUGGAGAAAGUUCAGCAGGAGGAGAAACUGGCGAGGUGGACGAGGACCAUCAGGCAGAAGCUGGAGAAAGUUCAGCAGGAGGAGAAACUGGCGCUGCAGACGAGGACCGUCAGGCAGAAGCUGGAGAAAGUUCAGCAGGAGGAGAAACUGGCGAGGUGGACGAGGACCAUCAGGCAGAAGCUGGAGAAAGUUCAGCAGGAGGAGAAACUGGGGCUGCAGACGAGGACCGUCAGGCAGAAGCUGGAGAAAGUUCAGCAGGAGGAGAAACUGGCGAGGCGGACGAGGACCGUCAGGCAGAAGCUGGAGAAAGUUCGGCAGGAGGAGAAACUGGCGAGGCGGACGCUGGAGAAAGUCCGGCAGGAGGAGAAACUGGCGAGGCGGACGAGGACCGUCAGGCAGAAGCUGGAGAAAGUUCAGCAGGAGGAGAAACUGGCGCUGCAGACGAGGACCGUCAGGCAGAAGCUGGAGAAAGUUCAGCAGGAGGAGAAACUGGCGCUGCAGACGAGGACCGUCAGGCAGAGGCUGGAGAAAGUUCAGCUGGAGGAGAAACUGGCGAGGCAGACGAGGACCAUCAGGCAGAAGCUGGAGAAAGCGAGGACCGUCAGGCAGAAGCUGGAGAAAGUUCAGCAGGAGGAGAAACUGGCGCUGCGGACGAGGACCAUCAGGCAGAAGCUGGAGAAAGUUCAGCAAGAGGAGAAACUGGCGAGGCGGACGAGGACCGUCAGGCAGAAGCUGGAGAAAGUUCAGCAGGAGGAGAAACUGGCGCUGCAGACGAGGACCGUCAGGCAGAAGCUGGAGAAAGUUCAGCAGGAGGAGAAACUGGCGAGGCAGACGAGGACCGUCAGGCAGAAGCUGGAGAAAGUUCAGCAGGAGGAGAAACUGGCGCUGCAGACGAGGACCGUCAGGCAGAAGCUGGAGAAAGUUCAGCAGGAGGAGAAACUGGCGCUGCAGACGAGGACCAUCAGGCAGAAGCUGGAGAAAGUUCAGCAGGAGGAGAAACUGGCGAGGUGGACGAGGACCAUCAGGCAGAAGCUGGAGAAAGUUCAGCAGGAGGAGAAACUGGCGAGGCGGAUGAGGACCGUCAGGCAGAAGCUGGAGAAAGUCCAGCAGGAGGAGAAACUGGCGAGGCGGACGAGGACCGUCAGGCAGAAGCUGGAGAAAGUCCAGCAGGAGGAGAAACUGGCGAGGCGGACGAGGACCGUCAGGCAGAAGCUGGAGAAAGUCCAGCAGGAGGAGAAACUGGCGCUGCAGACGAGGAGCAUCAGGCAGAAGCUGGAGAAAGUUCGGCAGGAGGAGAAACUGGCGCUGCGGAGGAGGACAGUCAGGCAGAAGCUGGAGAAAGUUCAGCAGGAGGAGAAACUGGCGCUGCAGAUGAGGACCGUCAGGCAGAAGCUGGAGAAAGUUCAGCAGGAGGAGAAACUGGCGAGGCGGACGAGGACCGUCAGGCAGAAGCUGGAGAAAGUUCAGCAGGAGGAGAAACUGGCACUGCGGACGAGGAGCAUCAGGCAGAAGCUGGAGAUAGUUCGGCAGGAGGAGAAACUGGCGAGGCAGGCGAGGACCGUCAGGAAGAAGCUGGAGAAAGUUCGGCAGGAGGAGAAACUGGCGAGGCGGACGCUGGAGAAAGUCCGGCAGGAGGAGAAACUGGCGCUGCGGACGAGGACCGUCAGGCAGAAGCUGGAGAAAGUUCGGCAGGAGGAGAAACUGGCGCUGCGGAGGAGGACCGUCAGGCAGAAGCUGGAGAAAGUUCAGCAGGAGGAGAAACUGGCGCUGCAGAUGAGGACCGUCAGGCAGAAGCUGGAGAAAGUUCAGCAGGAGGAGAAACUGGCGAGGCAGACGAGGACCGUCAGGCAGAAGCUGGAGAAAGUUCGGCAGGAGGAGAAACUGGCGCUGCGGACGAGGACCGUCAGGCAGAAGCUGGAGAAAGUUCAACAGAAGAAGAAUCUCACACUGCGGAUGAAAAACAUCAUGCCCAAGGUGACCAACAUCCCAAAAAAAAGUUUAUUAAAAAGGUAA